GCGCUGCGCGGCGCCCGCCCGCGGCCGGAGCUGGGCUCCCACCGCGAACCUGCCCCGCGAGGCUCGGCCGCCUUCGGAGGAGGCCACGCCCGGCGGGCCCAUGGCUGGGGCCUCGCCGGCGGCCACGCUGCCGGCCGUGGUGGAGGAGCUCCUGAGCGAGAUGGCCGCGGCGGUGCGGGAGAGCGCGCGCGUUCCUGAUGAGCAUCUAUUAUUGCUGAAGUUUGUCUUUGGCUCAUCAGCCCUCCAGGCCUUGGACCUAGUUGAUCGGCAGUCCGUCACUUUAAUCUCAUCGCCCAGUGGGAGGCAUGUGUACCAGGUACUUGGAAGUUCUGGUAAAACAUACACAUGUUUGGCUUCAUGUCAUUACUGUUCAUGUCCUGCAUUUGCCUUCUCCGUGCUCCGGAAGAGUGACAGCCUACUGUGCAAGCAUCUCUUAGCAGUUUAUCUUAGUCAGGUUAUGGGGAACUGCCAGCAGCUAAGUGUCUCGGAUAAGCAAUUGACCGACAUGUUAUUGAUGAAGAAACAGGAAGCAUAAAAGGAUAUUGCAGAAGCCAUGAAGCGUGAACAAGCAGAUGAAAAGAUUUUACAGCCCUGGAAACCUCAGCCCAAUGCCCCAAAGCGUGAGGUGCUGGUGAGGAGCCGCUUUGUUGCAGUGUUCUGUGGCUGGGCGAGCCUUGGUUACAGUGAGGUGUGGCAGUAAACUGAAGAUUUUCGUGCUCCUUGGGAAACUUCAAGUGGAUAUAAGCUUCUAUUUGUAUAAUUUUACUUAGUAAAAAUUUCACACGAUGAGAUCCAGCAAGUUGGCAAAGCUUGAAGUUGGUAGAGAAGUAAAAUUCAGAAAGGGAAUCUGAUAGAAGGAGGAUCCCAUUUCUUUAGUUUCUUUCUCUAGGGUUGUUUGCUAUCUAUGGAAAAGAAUGCUUUCAAAAUGUUAUCUGAUGAUGUUCUACUUAAGAGUGUCAUUUCCCAAAAUUAAUAAAGUAGUUUCUUGAUCAAAGAA